AGAAAUUUACGAGAACAAUGAUAGAAACAGCAAUUAAGGGGGGAGGUGAGCUUGUUACAACCUUGAAACGAUCGGUCAGUUUAGGUGACCUGACAGAGGAGUCAGAGCAAAAAGAUCAGGCACCUUCACUUGAGAAAAGAAGAAGAGAGAUAAUGACCAAAUCUUGGCAUGAAGAUUACCAAGAAGGUCCAAGAAGAGUUAGACAGAAAAAGGAAGGAAAAGAGGAAAUGAAAGGCAGGGAGGGAUCGGUCAAAAAGUACAAACAACCCUCCUCAGAACUAAGGAAUUCAGGGCGUGUCGGGAAAAUUGAAUAUCAAGAAGACGAAGGUUCUGUAAGUUGUACAGAUUUAGCCUACGCGACACUGCCCCGAACCAGUAAAAGAAUAAGAAACUAA